CCGGCCCAGGCCGUGAGGCGAACGAGGGGCGCUGGCCCGGCCCGGCCCGGCCUGGCCGCCCUGAGCGAGCGCCCGCCGCCGCCGCAGCCAUGUUCUCUUUCAAUAUGUUUGACCACCCCAUCCCCCGGGUGUUCCAGAACCGUUUUUCAACCCAGUACCGCUGCUUCUCGGUAUCCAUGCUUGCCGGACCUAAUGACAGGUCAGAUGUGGAGAAAGGCGGGAAGAUAAUUAUGCCACCAUCAGCUUUGGAUCAACUCAGCCGCCUUAAUAUUACUUACCCCAUGCUGUUCAAGCUGACCAACAAGAACUCAGACAGAAUGACUCACUGUGGAGUGCUGGAGUUUGUGGCUGAUGAGGGCAUCUGUUACCUUCCACACUGGAUGAUGCAGAAUUUGUUGCUGGAAGAAGGAGGCCUGGUGCAAGUGGAGAGUGUGAAUCUGCAAGUUGCUACUUACUCAAAAUUCCAGCCACAAAGUCCAGAUUUUCUUGACAUCACCAAUCCCAAAGCUGUACUGGAAAAUGCAUUGAGGAACUUUGCCUGUCUAACUACUGGGGAUGUGAUUGCCAUCAACUACAAUGAAAAGAUCUAUGAGCUUCGGGUAAUGGAGACCAAACCAGAUAAGGCUGUGUCCAUCAUAGAGUGUGAUAUGAACGUGGAUUUUGAUGCUCCUUUGGGAUACAAAGAACCAGAAAGAAGUGCACAGCAUGAAGAGUCUGCAGAUGUGGAAACAGACCACAGUGGAUAUGUGAGCGAUAUAGGAUUUCGUGCAUUCUCUGGAUCUGGGAACAGAUUGGAUGGCAAGAAGAAAGGUGUGGAGCCCAGUCCCUCACCAAUUAAACCAGGAGACAUCCGAAGAGGAAUUCCCAACUAUGACUUCAAGAUCGGUAGAAUCACAUUCAUUCGGAAUUCACGUCCACUGGUCAAGAAGGUGGAAGAGGAUGAGUCUGGAAGCCGCUUUAUUGCCUUUUCAGGAGAAGGGCAGUCCCUGCGCAAGAAAGGAAGAAAGCCCUAAGUUGUGGUACCUUCAGCUAGUUAGGGGGAAAAUAAAAUGACAGAUGCAGCAUCUUGGAUCUUAAUAACUGCAGUUGAAAGAUCGUUUUGCAACACAGGAGCACUUAAGAGGUGUUUUGCUUUCGGUUUUAUGUUUAGAGCUGGAGCUGUCAGUUCUGGGAAUUUGGAAGAAGCUUUUUGUAUGUGUUGUAAAGAGGGGGAUGCAGAUCUGUGGUAAACCUGAGACGCAAAACUAACAAGCCCUACUUUACUAAGGGUCUGGUUCUUAAGACUACAUCCUCCCUUCAUCUCCUGAGUGAUGAUGAUCUCAUGUUGCUCUGUGCUUGGUAUUUUCCUCCCUUUAUAUAUGUUUUGCCACAAUUUCAGAUCAGCUUUUUGGUGUGGUGCAAAUAAAGGGUGACUGGUGUUUAGGAUUUUAGUGCAGGAGUCUCUUUGAGCUUAGCUUCAGGUGUUGGGUUAUUAAUCAUUCUAAGCAAACCCCCUGUAACUGCUUUUUAUAUUUAUAAUUAAUAACAUGCCUUUUAAUAGUUCAGAUAUUAUAACGUAGCGUAGCAAUCUCUUGGCACACGUAGGGAGAGGAGGGACCCAUCUGCACUGCCCAGUGCCGCUUUGGAAUGGUGCGAGCGUAUCCUGUGCGCCCUCUCGUCUGUCGGCGAGCGUACCCGGCUGCAACCCUGCGCUCUCCUGCGAGCCCGAGUAAAGUUCCUCGUUCCCA